GCGCCCGGCCCUGUGGGGAGAGGCAGGCUCCUGACCCCGCAGCCUGAGAACGGCCGCCCCCAGCUCCAUGAAUGGAAAUCGGCAGCGCAGGACCCAUUGGGGCACAGCCCCUUCUUAUGGUGCCCAGACGUCCCGGCUAUGGCACCAUGGGCAAACCUAUUAAAUUGCUGGCCAACUGCUUCCAAGUUGAAAUCCCAAAGAUUGAUGUCUACCUCUAUGAGGUGGAUAUUAAACCAGAUAAGUGUCCUCGCAGGGUGAACAGGGAGGUGGUGGACUCCAUGGUGCAGCAUUUUAAAGUGACAAUAUUUGGGGACCGUAGACCAGUUUAUGAUGGGAAGAGAAGCCUUUAUACUGCCAAUCCACUCCCUGUAGCAACCACUGGGGUAGAUUUGGAUGUAACGUUACCAGGAGAAGGUGGAAAAGAUCGUCCCUUCAAGGUGUCAAUAAAGUUUGUUUCUCGGGUGAGCUGGCACUUGCUGCAUGAAGUUUUGACAGGAAGAACCUUGCCUGAGCCUCUGGAACUAGACAAACCAAUCAGCACUAACCCUGUUCAUGCUGUCGAUGUGGUGCUACGACACCUACCCUCCAUGAAGUAUACCCCUGUGGGCCGCUCCUUUUUCUCAGCUCCAGAGGGCUAUGAUCACCCUUUGGGAGGGGGCAGGGAAGUAUGGUUUGGAUUCCAUCAGUCUGUUCGGCCUGCCAUGUGGAAAAUGAUGCUUAAUAUUGAUGUUUCUGCCACUGCCUUCUACAAAGCACAACCUGUAAUUCAGUUCAUGUGUGAAGUUCUCGACAUUCAUAACAUUGAUGAACAACCGAGACCUCUGACUGAUUCUCAUCGGGUAAAAUUCACCAAAGAGAUAAAGGAAUGCAGCAUGUCUAACUGUACAGUGAGCAGCUGUCACUCUACUUCACCAACACAUCUCAGUCAUUGUAAUAGAAAUAGCCACUGUAAGAAAACACUGCAAGGUCUGAAGGUUGAAGUGACUCACUGUGGAACAAUGAGACGGAAAUACCGUGUUUGUAAUGUAACAAGGAGACCUGCCAGUCAUCAAACCUUCCCUUUACAGUUAGAAAAUGGCCAGACAGUUGAGAGAACAGUAGCACAGUACUUCAGAGAGAAGUAUAACCUCCAGCUGAAAUAUCCUCAUCUUCCUUGUCUACAAGUGGGACAGGAGCAGAAACAUACCUACCUGCCUCUAGAAGUAUGUAACAUUGUGGCAGGCCAGCGAUGUAUCAAGAAGUUAACAGACAAUCAGACAUCAACUAUGAUAAAAGCAACAGCAAGAUCUGCCCCAGAUAGACAAGAGGAAAUUAGCAGAUUGGUAAGAAGUGCAAAUUAUGAUGCAGAUCCAUUUGUUCAAGAGUUUCAGUUUAAAGUUCGAGAUGAGAUGGCCCAUGUGACAGGGCGCGUGCUUCCAGCUCCAAUGUUGCAGUAUGGAGGACGGAAUCGAACAGUGGCAACCCCAAGCCAUGGCGUAUGGGAUAUGCGAGGGAAACAGUUUCACACUGGUGUUGAGAUCAAAAUGUGGGCGAUAGCUUGCUUUGCAACGCAGAGACAAUGCAGAGAAGAAAUACUGAAGGGUUUCACAGACCAGCUACGCAAGAUUUCUAAGGAUGCAGGGAUGCCAAUCCAAGGCCAGCCAUGUUUUUGCAAAUAUGCACAGGGUGCGGAUAGCGUGGAGCCAAUGUUCCGACACCUUAAAAAUACCUAUUCAGGACUCCAGCUCAUCAUUGUCAUCCUGCCAGGGAAAACACCUGUGUAUGCGGAGGUGAAACGUGUGGGAGAUACGCUGUUGGGGAUGGCUACGCAGUGCGUUCAAGUCAAGAAUGUCAUAAAAACAUCUCCUCAGACUCUCUCAAACCUGUGCCUAAAGAUUAAUGUUAAAUUAGGAGGAAUCAACAACAUUCUUGUACCUCAUCAACGACCUUCUGUGUUCCAACAACCAGUGAUCUUCUUGGGAGCAGAUGUCACUCAUCCACCUGCUGGGGAUGGAAAGAAGCCUUCCAUUGCUGCUGUUGUAGGUAGUAUGGAUGCUCAUCCAAGCAGGUAUUGUGCCACAGUGAGAGUUCAAAGGCCUCGGCAGGAGAUUAUCCAAGAUUUGGCCUCUAUGGUAAGAGAACUUCUCAUCCAGUUCUACAAGUCAACGCGAUUCAAGCCCACACGUAUCAUCUUCUACAGGGAUGGGGUUUCUGAAGGACAGUUUCGACAGGUGUUGUAUUAUGAGCUGCUGGCAAUUAGAGAGGCCUGCAUCAGUCUGGAGAAAGAUUACCAGCCAGGAAUAACCUACAUCGUAGUACAGAAACGACACCACACACGAUUGUUCUGUGCGGACAGAACUGAAAGGGUCGGAAGAAGUGGCAACAUUCCAGCUGGAACAACUGUAGAUACAGAUAUUACACACCCAUACGAGUUUGAUUUUUACCUCUGUAGUCAUGCUGGAAUACAGGGUACCAGCCGUCCCUCACACUAUCAUGUUUUGUGGGAUGAUAACUGUUUUACUGCAGAUGAACUUCAGCUGCUGACUUACCAGCUCUGCCACACAUAUGUGCGUUGCACACGAUCUGUUUCUAUACCUGCACCAGCGUAUUAUGCUCAUCUGGUAGCAUUCAGAGCACGAUACCAUCUUGUGGACAAAGAACAUGACAGUGCUGAAGGAAGCCAUGUUUCAGGACAAAGCAAUGGGAGAGACCCACAGGCCCUUGCUAAGGCUGUACAGAUUCACCAAGACACCUUACGCACCAUGUACUUCGCUUAAAUAAAUCAAUAAAAUCGGAGCAUACUCACUUAAAGGAAGAACUGAAAAAUUAAGCCACAUACAAUGUAUGUUUCCGGUAGGGCAGUUUAUGGGGUGCUCCUCCGAUCACGCUGAAGCCGACACUGUGCAGGGGCAAGGGGCUAAUCCUUAAAUUGACACGUGAAGGAUUGUUUACUUCAUUGAGGAACACAGCACUAUUAUGCAAUAUGAAACCAGCCAACUGCUUUUUUUGGGGCGAUCUUCUGUAGGAAGUGCCGUCGUCAUCAGUUACUUUUUUUUAUUUCUUGUAGCCUAACCCUUUUAUGCCUUUACCUCAAGUUGCUCGGCAGCACAACUAUCUUUGCAAAAAAAAGUUAAUGAUGUAGUUUAAAAAAAACCACAAACAACCUAUGGAACAAUCACAAUGAUUGUUGAGGGGGGAAGUGUGCAAAAAAUAGCCUUUUUCUCUUUACCCCAAUGCAUUGAGGAGGCUUUCUCUCAAUAUUGCCAUCAGCAUUUGAAAGGGAACAUAUCCAAGUACAUUUCAAUGUACAGAACUAAUUAGAAAAAAUUAGGGGAAGGGUUUUGCACACGAUAGUCCAUUAAUCUAAACAUAAUUUAGCCAACUGCUGCCUUUGUGUCUUUCUUCACGGUUUGGAGUCCUCAACUCCAAUAGUUCCCUUUGAGAAAGCAGGUGGUGUCUGUGCAGCAGUAGUGAUCCACACUCCUCUUGCUCUCUGGUGAGUUUACUAAAGAUGCUGUUUUACCUUAUCCAGAAGUUUCAACUAAUUCUCUAUCUGGCAAGUGUUGAAAUAAUGCAGUGCUGGUUACACGUAGUAAACACCAGAAACGAAACUUUAGAGUUGAGGUCUUUAUUUGCUAGUUUACUUGCUGCCUCUCACACCUUAAUGUGAUUUCAUAUAUAUAUAUGUGUGUUUUUGAAGUUUAGCUUCUUUUUCUUAUAUUUAUUAGAAUAAUAAUGCUUUAAUUUAAUUAUUACAGAACAUAUGGGCAACAUCAAUUUGUAUUUUAGAAAUGUAACCAUGUUUAUUUUAAAAAACAAACAAACUGACAACUUGUUUUUGCUAUCUUUUAGUGCAAUAAGCCGUUCUAAAGGAAAAAUGUGUCCGUAUUAAAGCGGUGUUUGUACCACUAAGUGUGGGAGAAUGGACACCUCCACAAUUUUCAAAGGACAAAGUAAAAGCCUUAAUUUCAAAAGGAAAGUUUUAUAGUUAUCAGGAGUCAACCAUGUUCCUUUUCUAAAUCAAACCAGCUAAGAACAGCAAAACCUGUGCUUCUAGGAUUCUGCAAGCUUUAAUAUUGGCAAUCAAUGCAGUAUUUUGAUUUAACAAAGGAAUUGUGUACAUUUUGGGGUUAAGAGACUGAAGACUUUUCAUUGAAGAUCCAAGUUUUCAGAUGCUGUCCCUAAUGUAGCUGACAUAAUCAUAAAAAUGUCUUAAGAAGUUAAUGAAGUUUUUAAGCAUUUUUGCUUAUUUCAUUAAGCGGCUUUCCUUUUUAAAUUAAGGUGUCGGUGGCUUCAUUUCACUUUACAGAUAAAUUAAGAGGGCUGGGAUAAUUUUAACAAGUUAAAUCACUGAAAUGUGAAACAAAACAUUAAUGGGACUUUUGUUCAUUCCACUUUAAAGUUAAAACAAGUAUUUUAAAGAUGAAAGAGAUGAGCAUUUAUUCAGUACAUCCAGGCAUCGGGGAGUUUUGCACUUUGUAACCUCGUGAACUGCAUUUUUAACUGUUUUAUUUGCACUGGUUCAUAGUAUAUAUGCAUAUAUAUAUACUGCAGAUUGUUUAUAUGGGCAUUGCUGUUAUCCCAGCCCUUCUGAACUCCACCUGCUCUUCACACGAAAACCAAUGGGUUGGUUUAAGUAUCUCAUUUGUCUCUUGUCAUUCUCAUGUAAUCCACUAUAUUUGCCAAUUUACUGUAUUUUGAGCCUAAAAUCUGAGCCCAUUUUGCUUCAACAGGCUUGCAUUUCCCCCCAUUUCUGCCAGAAAACUAAGUACUGUAUUUUGUGCAUUUGUACAUUAUAUUGAAAUGUAUGUAGUGCUGUUCACAACACUGUCUCAAAGCGCUUUACUAAAUAGUUGAUGUAUCUACAUAUGUAUUUUUCUCCCAGUAUCAAGAAACAUAAUGCAAAGAAACUAAUUUUUUGCAGUUAAAAUUGCACUGGAAAUAGUCAUGCAGGUAAGGCAGUGUACCUAGUGGCUCAGGAGAAAAGGGGACGAUUAUAACAGAUCUCUAUGUAGCCAACCAGCUCUUAGGAGUCUCUCUCAUUGUUAGUGGGAUUCUAUUCAUUCAUCAGUGGGACUGCAGAUUCCUCACUGAAGUGUCCCAGUGUUCUCUGGCUGCUUCAUGCACUGAUCUUUCAGCUCCUUUGAAUAAACCUGCUGCAGGGAGGUCAAUAUAAUGAAAUGAUUGGAGCAAGAUGGUUUCCAAACAAAUCUCUCCAUCUUUUAUUCUGUAACUUGUCAGUUUCCUCUUAAAAGAGCUCUAGCUAGUAGACCCUUUAUAAAAGGCCCAGGUUAGGCUUUUUACAUUAGAUUGAUUUUUUUAAAAUUGAAGGGGCUUUUUUAGAAAAACCUGCUUUACAAGGACUUUUUGUGAACUGGCAUUUUGAUGAAAAGCCCCUUUUUUAAAAAGAAAUAUGGCCUUUAACUCUUCUUUUUAAGACACUAUACAGUUUCCAGUCUGAUUUGAAAGUUUUACUUACUUUGCUUGCUACUUCCACCAAAAACUUAAAAUAUAAAAAAAUCCAUUGGGGAAAUGGCUUAAAAAAUGUUUGCUCAGCAGGCCAGUGUAACUGGUUUUCAUGUGAAGAGAAGUUGGGAGUUUUAAUCUCUAUAUUCUUAGUUUUGCAAAUGUCUACAGAAGUGCCGAUACAUAUAUUUGUAUUACAAUAUCAAGUUACUGGCGUUGUGAGGGCCACACGUUUAUGAUACUGUAGCUGCUAUAUUUAUUUAAAUGGAGACGGACAAUUACUGCACUAGGAAAUGAGGAGAUGAGCAGGAACCAAGGCUUAGAGUUAGAUGCGGUAUCUCAUUUUUCAGAAGAAAAUUAACAGUGUGAAAUAUCAAGUGUAACAAAGGGUGCUGUCAUUUUAAUUGAGAUUAAAUAGCCAGAGAUUCUUCCUUUGUCUAAAGACUUAUAUAUAUUUUGAUGUUUGCAGUUUAGGGGGUGGGGGGAUAAAUGGUACCUCAUCUGUGGUGGCAGUUUCCUGUAUAUUUUCACAGGAGUAUAUGGAUUUUUUUAUUUUUGUACCUGCUCUCCUUUAAAGAAAAGUUUUCUCAAGUUUUAUGUGCUUUUUAGAGAAAUCUCGAGUGCACCACACAUUAUCCCUUUAUCUUUCCAGGAGCACUCUGUAUAUAGCCCAAACAGGGAUGUGGGCAAAGGCUGACAGUUCCAUUUUGCGGAAACAUUGGCCUCAUUUGUGCAUACAUCUGUCUAAAACAGUGGUUCCCAAUCUUCUCAGACACUAUACCAGUUUACCAGACUAAGACCUUACCUUGUACUAGCAAGUGCCACUAACCUCCCAAACAAUGGGGGCAUACACUUAGGCACCCAGCACAAAAUCUGGGGUGGGCAACCAAGGAUACUAGCCACACACACCUGAAAUAACAAUACUGGUACAUGUACCAAUGUUUAGGAGCCACUGUCCUAGAAAUAGCAGUGCUUCUCUGAAGGGUUUUUGAUAAUGGCAAUUACUUUAAAUAUGUGAUCUAGUGAUUAGUGGAUCCAACGUUAGAAAGAGGUUGAGAAUUUUUAGUAGUUUGAAUCGUUAAACUCUUGCAGCAUCUACUAACAACACGACUGACAACUCCACUCAAACAGAGCAGCUUUGAUUUGUGGGGCACUUCCACUGUGGCCGUUUUACUCAGGAUUGUUAGAUAGAUGGUUGUCAAAUGUUAGACCAUUUAGUUGAAAUUAUGCAAAGGUUAUCUCCCUAGGAUUCAUUUUGGGAUGCUUUUAGAAGGUAGUUUAGUCCUUGUAACAGCUUUCAAGUUGAAAUGGAUUCCUGAAAGCUGUCAGUCAAAUUCUUUCAAGAUGCCAUUGGUCCUAAAUUGUUUCCAUUUCUUCUUUUUGUGCAGAUACUUGUCCGAUCAAUGUUUAGGCACAGGACAUUAGAUGAAUAAUCAUGCUCUGUGCACAUCCUAGCUGCUUGUUUGUUUUCUACUCGGGCUCGAGUGCACAAUAGUGUGAAAUUGCCAAGCUCCAAUUUCUUCAGUUUCAAAAGAAUGAGGCCUUUCUGGAUUUACAUUUUACUCAAACCUUGAGACUUGUCCACCUUUGAUAUGUUCUCAGUUUUGUGAACUGAUGGGAUAUAACCUUUCUCAAAGCACUUUUCGUAACAGAGGAAUCAAAGAAGCUCUGAUUAUAUAAAUUGAAACCGUAACUUUUCAUUUUCAAAUGGUCAUCUUGAAGUUUCUUUUCAUGCCAGACAAAUGCUCAGGCAGUUGCCGUGUUGUGGAGUAAACAUGGCUGCCACUGGCCGGUUAAUUUUAUCAGAUAGAAAAUCCAUGUAGAUGUCAAAGGGACAAAUAUUCCUUGCUUACUUUCCUACCCAAAGAUAGUACUUGAAUCUGACAUUGUGUAUGGGAUACCAUUUGUGUUUUGGCACAUCUUUUAAUUAUAAAAACUUCACUUAGCCAAUUCACUCAGAUAUAUUAUUUUUGUAAAAAUGAAAAAGAUUAUUAAGGUUAAAGUAGCGCUAAUCUCAAGUGUUUUCUACUAGUAGAAAAUCUUCGUAACUUUACAAUAGUUGUCAGGUGUGAAUCUGAUGUGUACAGGACCCUAUGUUUUACCUAUCUAGCAGAGUCCCAAGAAUACAAUCACAAAAACACUGAGGUUUAAAAUUAGUUUGUGGCCUGAGCAGCCAAAGGCACCCAUGGGAAGCAGUGGGGGUGGAGGGCAGGUGAACGUUUGCAAAGAAGCAAACCAACAAAAGCAUCACUGUUACAGAAACUAGGGAGUUGGUGGAGAGACCCAUACCAAUCACCUUUCCAGCCGUGUGUCCCUGACUGUUAGAAUUCUGUCUGAGAUCCCCUCAUCCUAACAUGGGUACUUUUAUUGUAGAGUCCUGUUAAAGCAAAGAAGUUCCACUGUUAAAACUUGGAGCAAUUUUUAAUUUUUUUUUAAAGCUAGACAGUCCUCAGAAAGUGCCUUUUCAGAAGAUGGUGCUGUAGAUUUUUAUGUUCAAAUUGUACAUGGCUGAAAAUUUGAGAAAAAUUAUUGAAAAUGCCAAGUGUUUGGUAUCAUUUUAUGUAACUUCAAGCAGCAAUUUCUGAGUCAGGACCAAGAAUAACCAAGGAAGGGUGUAUUCAGAAGGAGGGAAAGAUAUUGAGGAACGAUCACCAAAUUCAGCUUGUAAACUUGAAGUAGUUUGGAUUUUAUUUAAUGUAACUAACCACUUCCUAUUUUAGGAGGAUACAUGGGGUGGGGUGGAGGAAAGGGGGAGAAAUAGCACAGGACACUUCAGGCAGUGGUGUAGUUAAUAAUAUUUAAAUGGGAUCAUAGAUGAUCAAAGGACAUGUCCUCAUUUUUGGAGAUGAAGCAGGUUCACAGAGAUGAAGUAAAAUUCUCUGAGGGCUUAUAAUGAGACAGUAUAUCCUACUGUGAGCAGACUUCACACAACCUGUAUUUUAAGAGAGUAAUGUUUACAUGCUAAGUGAAUUUCUGAUGACUUAAUAGGGACUUUUGAUUAUCUAAAUGGUAAACAUGUUUGGAUGAUUGUUGGUGCCCUGUUUUCACUGGGCUAAAAGAUGUUGUGGAGCCCCUGCUGACUUUGGUGAGCAUUCCUCCAGUCAGGAAGAGUUGUCGACUAGACUAAUAAACACUGCACCUCAUUAACCUUGUAAUGCUGCAUAAAGUAGUAAUAAUAGCAAAGUUCGGCCUUGAUUUCACUGUAAUGUGCUUGCACAUGCCUGCAAAAAUAUACACACAACUUUCAUUUUUGUAAUACCUUAAUAGUAGUUAAAAUAUUUUUUUUAAAGAUGAGAUUUGUCCUUUAUUGUGGUGUUUCCUUAUAUUUAUUGGUUAUUUGUGUGCAGCUUAUAGUUUCAUGUUUGGCCUAAAUGUUGCUUUAUAACACUUUUUUUUUUUUUUUAAGGAGGGAGUUGUUUCUAUGUGUCUUUUUCUUUGUGAAAUCAUAACUUUACUAAUGAUUGAGGAGAAACUGAAUGAAAUGAAGUGAUCAGGACAUAAAACAGACUACGUCGGUAGCUGGAUUUGAUUUAGAAUUCUGACAUGCCCUUUUCUGUGUUCAGUUUUACUGUAAAUCCAGUACUGGUCUUUAAUAACGUGUAAAACAUACUUCUAGAUCAUCUGAAAAUAAUGGUCUCUUGAUAUUAAGCAAGAUGUUUUCAAGAGUCAGAAACAUUAACAUGAGACUCCCAUUUCUACUAAGUAACAGAUUUGCUGGAAUUGGUUUGUUCAGUAAGUCUACCAAUAUUUCUAGUAUGAUUAAGCAGUGUUAGCACCUUUAUUUCACAUAUUAAUUUGGAAUUGCUCACUUAAAUUCAAGUAAUUAGGCUAUUCAAAUUGUAAAGGGGGGAUAGUGAUACUUGCUUGAACUUUUAGGUUGUUAGGGGAAAAAAGCACUGUCAGGUUAAUCCGUAAUUAAAAAUACUUAUUACUUAAUGUAGGUUAUAAAAAUGAAUUUUAAAGCUCUAAUUUAUUUUUCUCUGUUUUUGCUGUCUUUUGCUUCUGAUUCAGCUUAGACAAAGAAAUUAAUUAGUUUAUAGUAACUUUAUAGUCAGAGCAAUCCUGGCAUUUAAACUUUCCUCUGCAAUGAUUCAACCUAAACUCUUUUCUCUUUUAAAUCUUAAAUUCCUGAAAGCAUUUCUUGUUUAGGUUUUAUUAAAGUUUAUUCCACAAAACCUAAAUUCAGGACCAACACUACCUUACUUUUGUCUCGUUAGUAACAGCCAUACCUUUAUUUUACUGAUUGAAAAGGACCAAAAAUUCCUGUUCCAUUUUUUUUUUCAUGCAGAGGUAGAUCCUGCAUCUUUUUUUCCAUUGCUCAUAGCCAAUUUCAUAUGACUUUUAACCAAUCCAGAAGUUGUUGAAAUCCAAUAAGAUUUCAGUUCUUGUCCUCUUCGCUUUCCAUACUUUUGUAGCCAUAUUUACAAAGUCUAAAGAGACUUAAUAAUUUAAAUUUGGUGAUACUGUUUUUAUUGGGCACAAGCCAUUAUUAAUCAGUCUUACCUGGAUUAAGAUGUACUGUGGCAUAUGUAUGUAAUUACAGUAGAUCUGUAUUACUCAGCAACAGGUGUGUGAUGUUUUAAAACAUCCAGUUUAAGUUUAAACUGAAAAAUGGCAGAUGGUGCAGACCCUCUCAUGAAAUAUUUUCAGUAGGAAAAAUAAUCUUCUGCAUAUAUCUAGUUUUUAUUCAUCCUCCUUGCUGAGACUUGGUGAAUGAACAUUUUCUGGAAUAAAUUGCAUUGUUUGUAGUCUGUUGUGCUGGGGUGAAUGAUUAAACCAAACGGAAUUAUAUGUCAGGAGUCUGUCAAUUUUCUUUCCUGUAUUACUGAAGUAGAGAACAGAUGGCCGUGAUGACAGUUGCAUCAAACCAACGACAGAGAGCUGUCAAAAGCAAUGCAAGGGGGAAAUUAGUGUUUAUAUUUAAAACAGCGUAAGCAAUGGAAAGCUAAGGUUUCUGCAAGAACAACGUGCAGCUCAGAACCUUGUGAACCUGUAUUUUCAUGUUUAGUUCACCAAAAGGAAACGCCUCUUGCAUUUGGCCACUUUAAAAACAACCACAGGAUGAGGGAAAAAAAAUGUGCCUGUGUUCCCCACUACCACAUAAGCAUGCAGAGAAGCAAUGCCCUUAGGCGCUGUACAUUUGAAUGUAAAAUUAUAAAGAACAACAUUUUUAUUUUGCUUUUACCUAAAUGCUGCUACUUUAAAUACUUAGUUAAAAUCCAAUACAUUGGUGCUAUUUGAAACCAAACAGCCAAAAGAUUUCAUGGGUAAAACCAUAAAAUUGAAUUACUGUUGUAGGUUGUUGGCCACAGUCUUCAGCAGCAUCCAGAGACAAAGCAGUGGCAGUGUUCAUCUUCCGUGGCAUUGCAAAUGAGUCUAUGAGUCUAACUGGUAUUGCUCAUGUUCAACUUUUAACAUACCUUCCCUUUUCCCUAAAACAAACUCACUCACCAUACUAUGCCCACAUGGAAUAUCCAUUUCUAUCUGCAACAAUCUUGUUACCCUUUGGAACACAAGGGUUUAGUUAUUGGACUAGUGAGUGUUAAGGCAAUGAGUGAUGGUUUGUGGUGAAGCAGCUGCUAAUAGAGAAACCCAGGAAGGGUUUAAACAGAAGUUAGUAGGGUAAGCUGCAUUCUGCUCUGGUUCUUGAGGGAAUUGAUAGGAAUCUCAAAAGGUGAUUUGAGCACACUUGAAACGUUUUUUCUUGCAGGAAUUAUUUGAGCUGAUAUUGAGAACCCAGCAGGCAUUUUGCCUUUUUCUGAUCAAGAACAGAAGCUGGAGGACAAUUUACACUUGCAGCAUUCCCAAAUAAUUGAUAUGCUAUGGUUAAGAUUUUCAUGCGCUUAACUUAAAACUGAGAUCCUUCUUUCAUUUUCCUUAGCCCACUGUUACAAUGCUAAUAUUUUAAAAUGUUCAUGUCCCUUUUUUUGUUAAGGAAUGUGCACUCUGAAUGGGAUUACGCAUGAAUGUAUAGAGUUUGUUACCCUUUCAGGUACCUUUUUGAACUAGUUUUUAAGGAGUAAUGAUAUCUAAUAUGCAUUAUUCAGUAGUAGAUUAGCAGUUUCUUUUACAAAAUUUAACCUAGAUGUUAGUCUCCUUUUCUGUGCCUAUUCAGAAUAGCCUAACCUGCCUUUACUUAAAAAUUGCCAUCCAGUGGUGUCUUUACUACUUACAGUGCAUCUGCACCAUUCACGCAUUAGCUUGAUUUUUUUUUUUUUUGGAGUCCGGCUGUUUUUUUUCCUGGCAACUGUGAGGGACAUUUAAGAAUGUGGUAUAAUGAAUGUAGGAAAGCAACGAACUGGCCUGAUUUUAAGUGGAAUCCUUUUGGUGAAAAUUUGAUGUCACUGUUAUCUCUGCAAAAAUUAUUUUGCUAGCAGCGGAAGUUGGGGUGGUCUAUAUAAAGAAUUUUGUAAUGUCUUGGGUGUGAAAGGUUUUAGCAAAGUGACAUGAGAAGAAAAGUACCUUCACGGCUAUACCAAGGUACUAAUAUAGAGCAGAUCUGUGUAUAUUACAUGCUGUGCAAAAGGACUUACCUGUACCUGUUUCACCAUUGAGUUCUGGAUGCUGGUUUUUAGAGUUGAAGCUGCUGUGAAGGUAGAUUUUCAGAAUGCAGAGGGAAAGUUUCAGAUGGACCAUACUGAAACAAUUUUGAGACGGUGGCAUGGCACUCCAGAAUUCAAAUUCUUGCUGUGACAUGAACUCCCUCUGUGUCUCUGGGUUUGUCACUCUGCCUCAGUUUCACCAUCUGUAAAAUGUGGAUAAUAGCUCACACUAUGUGAGGACUAAGUAUACAUGUUUUGAAGAUAAGUAAUGCUAUAGAAGUACUAAAUUAUUAAUACACGUAAAUUGAGGCAUCUUUUGUAAAUUUUCAUCUCCAUUUAUCAGUCCUGUAUUUUGUUUAACAUUUCUCCCAUCUGCCUGCUCUAGGGGUCAUGCCAUGGACCCGAGCUGUGGUCUUUGCGCACACUUCUUAUCUGCAUUGGGAGUUACCCAUUGGGAAAGGCAGCAGUACUGGUCUAUAAUGCUGACUUUGUAGCUGGCAUUUUUCUGACAAAAGGUUUGUUUUUUGUUGCAAGGUGGUUGGUAAGAGGGAAAAGUCUAUAUAAACACAGAUUUGCAAGUAUAGCAAUUAAAAUAUAGAAUUAUUGGCCAGUAAACAUGCUUUUUGCCUACAUUUCCCCAACUGUGGAAGUCUCUUUAAUAAAUAAAUAAAUAAAUAAUCUGUUCAAACAUCCAGUUCUUUACUAUAGAAAAUACAGUUCAUACAAGGUUCUGUUCAUUUUGGCAUAUCGGCCAGUCAGUUUUCCAUUGGAGAGGUGGAUAGUGCCAUAUUUGAAAAAGGUUUUUGAAAUUCUGUUGUCACGUGAUUAAUUAAAAACAUGGAAAGAUUAGGGCUGCUGUGCCAGGCAAGUAAAGUGACAUUGAAAGAUUUCAUUAAGUGAUAGGAAGGCUAUUAGAAGGAAGACAGUUUAGCCUUUUGAUGUCAGGUAAUUUGGCCGAAUGUUGGCUUCAUUGGGCUGUUCUGUGUUAUGGACCCUAAUAUAACCCUUUCCACCUUGGUUGUAGGCUUUACUGUGUUUUGGACACAGUUUGUGUUUAAUGAGGAAAGUGUACUCAUUUCUCCAAGUGAAGCUUUGCAGCGUUGAUUCUGGCUUUGUUAAAUGUUUACCUGAAGAUAAGUGCUGCUCCUUAAAAUAUUACAUUUCAGCUCAGUUCUGCAGGCGGUAACCAUUUUAAAUGUAUAGCCUCUGGGUACAGGAACUGUACUGAUAAAAACCAAUCUUCUGUUGCUGGCAUUCACUGAGCAGGGUUCUCCCAUAUGAUUAGCUGUACUGACUUACAGUAAUUUGGCUCUCUUGUUUCACAUGUCAGGUGAAAAAAUGAGUUUUGGGCUCACAGGGUGUAGAUUCAUUUGACAGGGAGAUUCUUAUUUCCCUUGGUGUGAACGGUUAGGCUUUCCAGCAUGGACUGCUCAUGGAUAAAUAGCAUUGGCAUUCUGUGUGGGAAAGUGGGGACUGCUCAGUACCACAGGGCUAUGGGGGUGGUUGGCAUAGCUAUGAGCAUUGUCUAUCAGGCAUUACUUCAAAGGUUUCACUGUAAUAUGUAGUCAUUGGCUAUGUCUGUACUUGGAGCUGGGGGUGUGUGAUUCUCAGUUUGAGGUGACAUGUUUGUGCUAACUCUCAUUGAGCUAGUGCACUAAAAAUAGUAGUGUAGCCUUGAUAGUAUGAGUAGCAGCAUGAGCUAGUUGCCCAGAGUACAAACCUGCUUGACCCUGUGUGCUAUUUUUCACAUGCUAGCUCAAUGACCGCGAGCAUGAUUAUGCCUACUUGAGCUGGGAAUCAGUCUCUCCUCUCCCUUGCCCCCCAGCUCCAUGUGUAGAGAUCAGUUAUGGGCCAAUAUGGCUAUUAACAUGUCUUCAGAGAAUGGCAAAUUGUGGCAUAGCGUGCACCUUGAAGAUUAUUACUAAUCAAAUAUUAAAUGUUUAGGUAUAAGGCUACUGGAAGCAGUGGUGUGUGUAUAUAAAUGUUACAUGUCUAUAAUACUGUGUACUUAAAUAAAGAGAAUAUUUGUGCUACUUGGAAUUCCUUUUUGGAAUAAAGGGUGUUUGUUUUUUUAACAGACCUUUCCAGUGGUUUGGAAUUCUCUUGUACAUUUAUGUGUCAUACACACUCUUCCUCUUUCUGAUUUGCUGUUAACUGCUCCCUUCUGUUUUGGUGCUACCAUUGCUUUAUGCAAGAAAUAGAAUGUGUUCUAACCACGAAGACAAUGCCUAUUUUUAAAAGAAAAGAGGGUUUAUCUCAAGAAAAAAACAGAAUUGCGAUUUGAAACAUUGCACAAAAUAGAUUGUAGGCGGAUGACAAAUGCAUUGGUAAAAGGUUUUUUAUUUUUACUUUUUAACCAUCUUGACCGUGUGUGCCUAUUUGUAUUGCGGAUAUGGGCUGCAACUGUCUGGGGUGGGAGGGAGUUGAUAUGUGUUAGUAUGGUUUGAAAUGUAAUGCUAACCAGAAGCAGUGUCCCCUCCCCCUCUCCUUUUUCCAAACAAACUGUUCUUGCCAAAAUUUUCUACCUAUCACAACUUUCACUUUUUUUUGCAGCACAGUAAAAUAUCAUGACAUAACUUCUGUCCCACUAUUACUUCCCUCUGCUAGCCACCUGUAAUCUCUCUAGAAUGGUAUAGAAUAUACAUAAAGUCAUUAGAUCUUUCUUUUGGCUUUAAAAAAAUAAAAUCAAGUUGGGUAUAUUGUAAACCUACCGUAAUCAUUUGAAGACUAAAUUUUGUUUUGAAAUGCAUGUAAUGUACUAUUUAACCUUAUUUUAAUACUUGCAUUAUUUUAGUUUUUUUCCAAAAUGUCUGUGAAAAUGAAUGGAGGUUGCAGUGCAGGUCUGAAUCUGAAAGGACAUAGGACCAGAUGAUAUCUUGAGGGAAUACUAAACAUGACUGCCAAACCUUUGUCAGAGAGAAUGUGAUUUUACUUUCAGACUCCUUUGACUUUUUAUGUAGUGCUAUUCAGUGAAAAUAGCUGGAAUUAUAAGACAUCCUUAAGUUGAUAUAAAAUUGAAAUGUGCAUAAAUUGACAAUUUAAAUAAUUUCUCCACAAACUAAUAAAAUGGUAUGGGAGUAUGGUGAUAUCAGAGUUUUUUGGCACUGUUUAUGCACGUGCUGAACAGCCAGUUAUGUAUUAUGGUGUCAGCUGAAGGCUCAGAAUAAGAGGUGAACAGAAAGCAAGCAAGAUUCUGAAAGUAAAAUGCUUGUGUGCAGAUUUUCAGUGGUGAAUGUUGUACCUUCGGUUAAAUCAUUGUCUUUUGCAGAAAUGUAUUAUGUCUGUGGUUGAGAUUAAAAGGACAAGUUUUUGAUUUUUAUUUAACCUGUCGCUCACAAUACUUGCAUUGUGAAAUUCAGUCAUGGAACUCUUUCUGAGCCAAAACUGUCACCAAAGUUUUCUGUGACAGAUUCCACUCCUCUCUUUCUGCCAUUCUCUAUACUGGAAGGACUCUAUGUUGUGUUUGUUUUUACCUUUUUAAAAUUUUUUUAUUGGUUUUAGUGUCGCUUUGCUUCAGUUUGAAGUGUAACUUUCACUAAUAACUGCAAUAAAAAAAAAAGCUUUGCUCCAAA